UUAAAAUAAACUUGUACUUGUGCGUGUGGGAGGAAUCAUGGGGACAAGUAUUUUCUAAUGUUGGCGUCUGUGGGGUUGGUGACAUUGCCAAAGAUGGCGCGGUUGUGUAAGUUUUGAAAUGAGUUAAUUUACUCAAAAAUCUGUGUUAGUGUGUGUAAAAAUUGCCCAAAAUUAGUAUCAAUAACAGCCGCAGUAUGGAGAUGGAAGAGGAAGACACCGAAAAAGUGAAGUCUUUUACCGUAAAGGCCACCGAUGUUCCCCCCGAAUUUUUCAUAACGCGUGACAUUGCCAAACGUUACUUUCGACGUUUUGGGAAAGUUAAACUCGUCACAUUUCGCCCCAAACGCAAUACACUUCUAAUUGAAUAUUCGAAUGAAGAUGGGAUGUUAAACGCUUUAGCAGUCGCAGGGGAAUACAACGGUCACAUGUUUAAUGUGAUUCGAGACACGGAAACUAUUGUUAAAAGAAAGAAGGUUAUAAAAAAUCCAGAUCCAGACUGGACGGAUGAUCCCGAAGUUAAGGCCGAAUUGGACGCCAUGGGGGGCUUCGCCCCUCGGACCUACGAUUUGAGACCCGAAGCCAUGGCUGUGGAUGUUCCUGAAACACUAGUAACGAAAACAAAACGGCAAAGGUGGAAAGGAGCUUCACCCAAGCCACUUAAGAAGAAGGGGGGUUUCAGUCCGGAACAAUCCGAUUUAAUUAAUUUAGUUCGCCAACAAGCUGUGACAAUUGAGGAUAAAUAUCGUAUUCUCGAUGCUCGUGACAAAUUAAUUCGCAUAAAAAUUAAAAAAAACCUUGAAUUGACUAAAAGUGGGGCAACUGUGGGCACAUGCCCUGACAUGUGCCCCGAAAAAGAGCGACUAAUGCGCGAAACGCAACACCAAGUGGCGCUCUACGAGCAGGAGGAAGGGGGCAAAGCGAUGGAUCCCCAUCUUGCAGUUAAACAAUACUCACGAAGCUCAGCCGAUCAGGAAGCUCCCUUGCCUCAGGAAUUACGACCGGUUUCGGUGCUUCAAAUGACAAUGGGGUACCUUAUGCAUCGAAUUAUGGGCUUAUGUGACACCCCUGAUGUAAAUUUAGCCGAAUGGUAUCAUUUCUUAUGGGACCGAACUAGAGGGAUUCGUAAAGAUAUCACUCAACAAGAGUUGUGUUGUCAGGGGGCUGUUGAAUUGGUAGAACAGUGCGCCAGAUUUCAUAUUUUUUGUUCUGCAAGAUUGGUAGCUGAAGAUCCGUCUGUUUUCGAUCAGAAGAUUAAUACUGAAAAUUUGACAAAGUGUCUACAAACACUUAAAUAUAUGUAUCAUGAUUUGGCCUUGAAGGGUGAAGACUGUACGAAUGAGGCGGAGUUUAGAGCCUAUAUUAUUUUGCUUAAUUUGAACGAUGGGAAUUUUAUGUGGGAGGUCCAACAACUCAAAAAACACAUCCAACAAUCGCAACAAGUCCGCUUUGCCUUGGAAGUAUACUCAUCAUUGGACAAACAAAACUAUGUGAAAUUUUUCAAAUUAAUCAACUCAACAACAUUUCUCAACGCUUGUAUCUUAAUGCGAUAUUUUAUUCAAGUGCGAUUAUCGGCCAUAAAAACUCUCCUAAAAUCAUAUUCACCUCGAAUAUCACAAACAUCACUUCCCGUCUCAUACUUGACAAAAAUCCUAGCUUUCGAAAGUCAAGAUUCAACAAUCGAAUUUUUUGAAACUUAUGGCUUAUUCACUAAUAUUGAACGGACAAGAAUUAGUUUAGAUCGAACAAAUUUUGGUGCACCAGAAUUCCCCUAUGUGCUAGACCGUGCUAUAAAUCUAGUGGAAUCGAAACGAAUUUUUUCAGUUGGUAGAAUUGUUUGCGGUAGAGAAUUACCACCGAAACUUUACGAAAAUCACCAACCACAAAAUAGUUUCGAUCAAAGUGGUUUUUUGGUUUUUGAUUUCGAGAUGGACGAAAUCGAUUCAGGGAAAAAACAAGAAAUCAAGAUGGAGGAAAAAAUAAUUGAAAAAAUAGAGAGAGUUGUUGAGACGCCGCCUCCUCAAAUUUUUACUCCUGUGACGACAGUUCAGUCAAGUCAAAAUCAAACGAUCUUCAGUCAAAAUAAGUCAAGUAGUGUUGGGAUUUUCGCCCAAAAAACCAACGAAAAAAGUAUUUUUGGGGGGAAAAAUAUCUUCGGUAAUGUUGGUAAUACUACUAAAAGUAUAUUCGGUGGUGAGAUAACCCAACUAGCGUCACCUGUUGCCAUACUACCUGAAGUACCAAAAGUCACACCGGACGAAAUCGAACAGAAACGAAUCAAAGAAGAAGAAGAAGAAGCCAAACGAAAGAAAGAUCAAGAAUUAGAAAGAAUAAGGAAAGAAGAAGACGAAAAACGCCGUCUUAAACUCUUAGAAGAUCAAGAAAAGAAACGCCGACUUGACGAAGCCCGAAAAUUCGAAGAAAUGAAACGUCAAAUGGAGGAAGAAGCACAACGGAAGCAAGAACGUCGCAAAAACAUCGAAAUUAAAGCAACCGUAAGCAACAUCCUUGAUGAGAUUUUAGACACGGUUGAAGAAAAAAUUAAGCGUGAGACCCUGGCGAAAAUCGGGCGGAAAAUCCGCGACCGGAAAUUACACCACGUGAUGACAAAAUGGCGCGAAUACGCUCGCCGGAAACGGAAACGUAAAGCUCUCGAUUUUGAUCCAUUAUGGUUCAAUCAAUCAAUUGCCGAAGAAGCUUGUGAAUUACGAACAGAAAACCAAAACUUGGUUUUGUGUAAUAAGAGAUACAAACGUGGGCGGGUUAGUGAUUUUGUACCUAAAACCGACGAUGUUGGUCCGAUUGACUUGUCAGAAUUGACGUAUAAGUUACUAAGUCGAAAACAUUGGGAUGUUGAAAUGAAGUUUCGUAACGAAUUGUUCUGGAAAGUAAUUGUUUCGUUGCCGAACGAUUUGAGUCAAGUUGAGAAGGUUUUGGAUAAAUGUAUAGGUUGGCAACAUGGUGUUUUAAUCCAACAGUCGAAGUCAGUGCCAACUGUGACGUACUGUAUCGAGAAACAGAAAGGUCUAGCCGUAAACACACGAAACGACACGAAUGGAUUUAUCUUUAUUGCGAAUUGUUUUGACGAUGAUCUUUGGCGACGUAUUGUUGAAAAUUUUAAAAAUUUCGGCGUUUUUGUUAAAAUUCCAGUCGUUUUAAUAUUACAGAACUAUGAUGAGGCAAAGCCGAGUCUUAAAACCUUAAUUAGGGAAGGAAUAAUUUCCGAUUAUUUGAUACUUGUGGAUAAGUUCACGGUCCGAAAUUUGGUGAAUCUAAUAGAGGAGGCUUUGAUUUUUCUUUCGACACGAGUCGAGAAAACACCACCGUUGCAAAUGGACACUUUACAAUCGUUUCUAACGAAGUUUUUGGUCACGGAUUUGUGGAAACGUUGCAAUAGUUUCUCAAAGUGGAAUUCGAGUUAUAAAAAUUGUUUAAAAAAUCCGAACACUGUGAUUUAUCUCCACAACGAAGCCUUGGACCGAAUCAAAAGCAUUGUUUUGGAUGAAGAGUGUCGAGAAUACCCGAAGUUUCCGACCAGCUUUCGCGAUGUGCUUCGUAGUAAUAUCCCCGAUUCGCUUCCUUGCGACUAUAAAUAUUUCCCCAGUUUUUGGGAUAGUGACAGAUAUUUAGCGCAUCUGAGGUCGGUUUUAGAGACUUUAAAACUGCCCAAUUUUCUCGAACCUUGGCCACCCUGCAACCAACUCAACCUCGAAUUAGCUGUCUCAAAAUAUUGCGCUCAGGUGGUAAUGGAGCCACAAAAACUAUUCUACAAAGUGAUGAGUGUCUUAUUGCGGUUUGAUUUUAAAGAUAUUGCGAAUGUCGUCUGGUGUGAUAUUAUCGAGUUGGUAGUGCUGGAAAAGCUAAGCCAGACUGAUUUCUCCUUGUAUGGAACUGGUUUUGUCAAUAAGUCGGUUUAUAACCAGUUGAUUGUGGUCUACGAUGUUGGUAAACUUGAUUAUUUGAAAAGUGAUUGGUUUUAUGUUAAUAAUCCGAUUAUUAAGCAAAAAAUUGUCGAAUUUUUACAACACGAGGAAGAUACCAGUAAAACGGAAAUCGAUGUUAUCGACUUGGAUAUUGAUGCGAUUUUUGCCAAAAUAACGCAACCGCAAAAACAAAAUGUUGCUAAAAUUAAGAGCGAGUUGAAAACUUGUAAAAAAUUGUUGACUGAUUUGGAGGAGAGUGUUGUCAUACAUAAAAGUAUUUUGCAAAAGUCGGGGAAUAUUUUAAAAAGUAUUAUAGAGGAAAAGUGAUGUAAUAAAAUGACUCAUGAAAAAGAUAUAAUAGUAUACAGUGGAACCUCUACAAUCCGAAGUAGUAGAAGAAGAUGGACAACUGAAAUAAUCAAUAAUGCGCCCUUUGGUGGUUAAUUUUGAAAUCGCUUCUUUACAAAAAAGCGGUAAUGACAACCGACAUUUUUGUUUACUAAUUUUGAUAGUACCCCCACCCCCCUUUAUCAUCCUGGUAAUAAUAAAAAAAUAAAAACUCGAUUAUUUCACCCAAAAGUCUUUAUCUUUUUGCUGUUACUUAUUUAUAAGGGGCGUUUGUUUUUUUCAUUUAAACAUUUUGAGGGAAAACACUUAUUGCAAAACCUAAAUACAAAAAAAUAAUAAAAAAAUCAAUCGUUUCUUAUAAAAUAAAACCAGAACAGAAAAAUAAGGCACCUUGUGUAAAAUUAUCCAUAACUUUUAUUUUCUCUUGUUAAUUGUUAAUUAAAGGAAUGUGCUAUCAAAUAGUGAUGUCACAAAUUUUAAAAUAAUUUCAAAGUGUAGUUUUAAUAAAAAUAAAAUUAAUGCUCCCGUC